CACCAUGCUGCCGUGGCGGAGGAGCAAGGCGGUGCUGGUAGAGGAGGAGCAGGAGAACCGGCGCAAGGCGAAGGCUUGGCCGCCCUACCGCUCGCUGCUGGCCUCGUUGGCCCGGGCUUGCCCCGGCUUCUGGCCCGACUGCCCUCUCCGGCGGCUGGGCGGCGUGUUCAGGUGCCGGCGGCGCAAGGUGCAGCUGAGCCGGGAGCAGCCGAGCCACAGCGUGCGGUACCUGGGCAACGUGGUCACCCUGCGCUCCCGGGGCGACGGCUGCACAGACGACGUGGUGGACAAGAUCUGGAGCCGGAGCGAGCAGGGCACGGUCGGUGCCAGGAUGCAGCUGAGCAUCAGCCCCCAUGGGAUCCGCCUGUGCCCCGCCGACGGCCACUCGGGCCAUCUCUACCUGCUGCGCCGGAUCACCCACUGCGGAGCCGACGCCCAGCGCCCCAAGGUGUUCGCCUGGGUCUACCGGCAUCAGCUGAGGAACAAGGCGGUGCUGCUCCGGUGCCACGCCGUGCGGCUCAGCAAGGCGGCCAAAGCCCGGGACAUCGCCCUGCUCCUGCUGCGCACCUCCAGCUCGGCCUUCAACGACUUCAAGCGGCUCAAGAGGCUGGAGGACGCGCGGCACCGCCGGCAGCAGCGGCUGGGCUCCCUGGCGCUGCCCCUGGUGCCGCUUCGGCGGCUGCUCAACUCUGAGUGCCCGUACCGGGGCUGGCGGGGGCCGCCGGGGCUCGGAGUCAUCGCCGAGGACGUGGCGGGCGAGCAGGAGGACGGCGAGGCCGACGUGGGCGGCAUCUCCCGGAGGGUCGGUUCCUGCACCCUCGCCGACGAGGCGCCGUCCCCGGCCGCUUGCUCCAACGGGUCCUCGCCGGCUUCCAACUGA